AUAGAAAGGGGAGGGGGACCGGGGGGAGCGACAGCCACAGAAAUUUCUGUUUUAUCCUGAACCUUAAACGACGCGGAGAGAAUCGGGAUCACAGUAGCUAGAACUCCAUGAAUAAUUAAAGGAUUACCCGGAGAAGAGAGGGAAUACUACGAAUGGACGAAUCGAAUAGAUAGAAAUUCAGUCAGCUGGGAUACGGACGAAUAAAAAUAUUGGAAAAGGCUUUAUAGUAAUAAUCCAAAUCCUGCACAGAGGCAGAAUAGAGGAGCACAGAUUACAGCGUCCGGCAGCAUACGGUUUGGGCAAAAGGCUGGUGGCUCAUCUGCUCUAUAGGAUAUUAGUGAUGGGGGCACCGAGGCAGCGGACAGCUCUAGCACUGUGGGGGGCGCUGGUGUUGCUGUCCGGGAGCCCGGGAGCCGCCAACAAAGCCAAUAAACAUAAACCAUGGAUUGAAACAGAAUACCAAGGAAUCGUGAUGGAAAAUGACAACACGGUGUUACUUAACCCCCCACUCUUUGCCCUGGAUAAAGAUGCACCCCUGCAUUAUGCAGGAGAAAUUUGUGGGUUUCGAAUCCAUGGUGGUCCAAACUCUGGAGGAUCAGUGCCAUUUGAAGCUGUUGUCCUAGAUAAGUCCACUGGGGAGGGCCUUAUUCGAGCAAAAGAGCCAUUGGACUGUGAAUCACAGCGGGAGCACACUUUUACCAUCCAGGCAUAUGACUGUGGAGAAGGCCCUGAUGGAAGCAACACAAAAAAAUCACACAAAGCCACAGUUCAUGUGCGAGUCAAUGAUGUAAAUGAAUUUGCACCCGUCUUUGUUGAGAGAGUCUACCAGGUGUCAGUGAGCGAGGGGCGUCUCUAUGACCGCAUACUGCGUGUGGAGGCAAUUGAUGCUGACUGCUCACCACAGUUCAGUCAGAUAUGUUUCUAUGAAAUCUUAACACCUAAUAUUCCAUUUUCCAUUGAUAAUGAUGGAAACAUCAAGAACACAGAGGUCCUUGACUUCCGCAGGCAGCGGUACUAUCACUUCUCAGUGACGGCUUAUGACUGUGGGAAAAAAAGAGCUGCCCAAGACACAGAAGUCCAGAUCGAAGUCAAACCCACCUGCAAGCCAGGCUGGAUAGGCUGGGUUAAGCGCAUUGAGUACACUCCAGGCUCAGGCAGUGUACCACUCUUUCCAAAUAUGCACCUGGAGACAUGUGAGGAACCAGUGUGGAAUAUCCAGGCCACGGUGGAACUGCAAACAAAUCAUAUUGGGAAGGGCUGUGACAGAGAUGGCUAUUCGGAUCGCUCAGUCCGACGUCUCUGUGGAGCUGUCCGUGGUGAGGUGGACCUACUUCCACCUCCUUCACUUUCAUCCAAUUGGACUGCUGGACUCCCAACACUUCCUUCACCAGAUUCCUCAUUAGUCUACUCGUUCAAUGGUUCCACUCAUGUAGCAGUGGUGCCCCAGGCUGCUCUGCGUGAUCUUACACUGGCAGCAGGAGAUCACUUUACUCUGCAGCUAUGGAUGAAACAUAGGCCUGCAGGACCAGCACAAAGUAGGAGCAGAAAGGAUGAAGAAACUGUGAUGUGCAGCACGGCCCGUAAUGAUGACUCAUUUUCCCACUACUCCUUGUCUGUCCAUGGCUGCCGACUGUCUCUGCUCUAUUGGCCACAGUUGGACAACGCCAGACCCGUCAAAUUUCUAUGGAAAUUAGAACAGGUAUGUGAUGAUGAUUGGCAUCAUUAUGCUCUGAAUCUUGAGUUCCCAACCGUCACUCUGUAUGUUGAUGGUGUGACCUUUGAUCCUGCUCUGAUCCACGAUAAUGGACCAUUGCACGCACCUUCUCCAGUGCCACGACUGGUAAUUGGUGCAUGCUGGACAGAAGAAACAGAGCAAGGGAAAGUAAACAGCACUGAGGCAAAAAGAGAGGAGCCUCUGCAUUUCCAGUCCCACUUCCGAGGACUCUUAGCAGGAUUCACAUUAAGGCCAGGUCGAGUUGAGCCCCACAGUGUGAUUGAAUGUCUCUAUGCCUGUCGAGAGGGGCUUGACUUUGGGGACCUGGAAUCAUUAGGCUCCGGGAUGAAGGUUCAUGUUAAUCCAUCACAGUCUCUCCUUAUAUUGGAAGGAGAUGACAUUGAAAAUUUUAACCGAGCUAUUCAACAGGUUACUUAUCGCAACUCACUGAGAUUUGCUACAGCAGGGGUACGCCCCCUUAAAAUUUCCACAUCAUUACGCUGCUUUAGUGAAGAAGGAUGUAUUUCAAUCAGAGAUGUUGAAGGGUACUUAGUAGUCUUGCAGCCUGACGCUCCUCAGAUCACCCUGACUGGCAUGGGUCACUUUGCUCGCCCUGCUACUGAAUUUGAGAGCCCCCAAGGUGUCCCACUUUUUCCAGAAUUACACAUCACCUGCUCUGUAUCUCAUGCUAUCAACCGAGCAAGCCAAGGCAUGGAAGGUGGAGCCCUUAUGUCUGAUGCUAUUGCUCACACCUUGGAUGGCUGCGAAGUGUCACCAGUGGGUGAAGAGCUCGAUCUGCGAAGAGAGGAACUUCUGCUCGAUCAUGAAAUUGUGAAGGAGAAGGGCCUGGAACUUGUCAACACAACUGCAUACUUGGCUGUGUCAGGCCCUGAAUCUAUUUCUGUGUACGAAGACAUCUUACGUUCUGUGCAUUAUAGGUUGUCUCAAGGUGUAGCAUUGUAUGAAAGAAAAUUUCGUCUAUCCUGCACUGAGAUGAAUGGACGAUAUGCAAGUAAUGAGUUUACAGUGGAGGUAAAUUUCCUGCAUAGUGUUGAUGGACAAUCACACCCAAGCCACCUGCUUUCAUCUCAGCAGUUUAUGCACCCAUCACGCCAUUUGCCUGCAGAGUUAGCUGGACAUAAUGUUCCCUUGGAGCACCGGAAUUCUGUGAUUCCUGGCGCAGCAACUAUCAUCAUUGUUGUCUGUGUGGGUUUUCUUGCUCUUAUGGUUGUGCUUGGCAUUUUCCGAAUUCGUUCUAUCCACCGUCGUGGAACAAAGGAGCGAGCUGGAUCUAAGGAUGGAGAAAUUGACUGGGACGAUUCAGCUCUGACUAUUAUAGUUAACCCUAUGGAGUCUUAUGAGUCCCGCCAUGGUGUCUCAGUUGAUGGUAGCAGGGAAGAUUUAGAGGAGGAAGAUGGUGAGGAAGAUGAAGAGACACCAGAAUCUCCUCCAGGUGAUGCCUGUGAUGAUCAGCACAUCAUUCUCAAGACUGAUCCUAGAGGCCAUGCCCCUCGACGUUACUGAGAAACUUUACUCAAUUGUCUGCCAUUUUGGCUCUGGUUCCUUACUGGUUUGUGAAGAUGAAGUGCUUACUCAAUGCUAGAUCCAAGGUGGCAUUGUUUUCCUCUAGCCUUCUGGUCCUGGGGUCAAGAGACAUACACACAAAAGAUUAUUCUUUCAUAAACAUCCCCAUGCUGCAUAGUGCGGGGCCAAUGAAGCAUUUCAUGCCACCUAGUAUGCCUCUUAUUCAUCAGAGAGCAUGCCCAUGUUUGUCUGAGAAUGAAUGUCUACUUGUCUUUGUAUUGCUAUUUAUAAAUUUAUUUUUUGAUUGAAUGACAGCCAUCAGUUUCUUUGUGCUUUCCCCUAAUCAUUACUUAGAAGUAGGUAUACAUUCAAACAUUCACAAAUGUGCUCAGCGGAAUGUCUAUCUUUUCUGAAGUUUCAGCUUUUUGAUUGUAUAAAAACACUGUAAAUAUGUCUUUCUUCCUCUCCCUCACUUCUUUCUUUCUUUCUUUCUUUCAUUCUUUCAAUGACUGAACCUUGUCAACCCCCUUUGCACCCUAUCUCAGGUUAAAACUUUCAAAGAAAUUACAAAAAACCUCAGUCAAUUAACAAGUAAAUAUUUUUUCACUUAAUUAGAAUAAAAGAUUUUACAUUCAUUGGUAAUAUAAAAAGCCCAGAGUUUACACCAUUUGAUAAUUGAUUAUUGGCGAUAGUUUUUUGUUUGGACAAAAAGAGGUCCAAACACCAAGAACAGUUAAAUAUAAUGUCUGCUAAUGUAAAUGGGAAAUGUGAGAUAAUUAUUACUGAAAUAAUAUGUGGGAUUGAAUUAGGCCUAUGUAAAGAUUUAAAACAACCUUGACAUCUCACUUCUCUAUAUAAAAUAUCUAAAUAAAGGAAUACUGCUUACAGUCCGUACACUAACUCACGAUAACAAUUUUUCUAUUAUAAUAAACCUGAGAAAGGCUACCUGUAGUCAGCAAUGGAACUUUUGAAUAAAAUUUCAGGAGAACCAGAUUUGAGACAUGUCCUUUAAAAACCAUUCAACAGCUGACUAAUCCCCAAGUAUUCGCAUACAUGCUUGACACAUAAUUAGAGAGAGAAAAUGAAGAAGACAGCUUCUAAGGAAGCGUAUCUACUGUUUAAUAAUAUUAUUUGAAAUAACAGGGCAUUUGUAACCCUAAGAACUGCUUCAAUUCAGUAUUUCUCUUUCAGCCUUCAAAACAUUCUAUCUGUUAGUGAAGAUGAGGAAGCACAGCUAUUUGUGAAACAACUGAAUUCUAUUUAUUUUAAAAGUAAUUGUGGCAAUGUUGUCCUUUUCCAUCCUAAAUUCCUGUUCCUGUGUAUCAUCUAAAAAGCUGCUUUACCCUUUCUCACACCUUGUCUCUGAGAACACUCUCCGUUUCUGAUGCCCCCCUAUCUCUCCUCAUGUUUUAACCUUUUCCCGCUAUCUUGUGUCUUGUAAUCUUUUUGAAACCAAUGUAUUGAAAUUGUGUCUGUUGCUAAGAAUUGAAACAUGAAAAAUUAUAAUUAAAAUUUAAGUUGUCAUUAAAAGGAUACAAUUGGACUGAUGUUAAAA